AUGCUGCGCGGUACGUCUGUCCUACGGAGGCAACAGGCUGCACGAAGCGUGGUUGGUCUGCGGCAGAGCGCAGCAGGCAGCCGCGGCCUCUAUCACCUGCGUAGCGGUGCCUCCUCCUUGAUCACCACCCCCACCACCACCACCACCACCACCACGGGAGGAGGUACUGCUCCGGCCCGAGGAGUUACCACACGACUUCGUGGGCCGGCGCCCUCGGGAGUACGAAAGGGACCGCCGGCCUCUUUCUACACCUCUUCAUCCACAUCUUCUUCUUCUUCCACAACUCCCACGACUACUGCCUCUUCCACGGCGACGAAGGCUAGUACUGCUACUUCUGCCUCCAGUACUCCCCUCAUAGCAACCCCCCACGGCUCCCUGGUCUCUCGAACGCUGCUACAGCAGCCCCAGACGCAGGCCCGACACGUCUCCUCGAGCCCUGUGCCCGGGUCGCCUGCGUCGUUGGCCGCGGCCACGGCCAUCAUCCCGCCGCCUCUGGUCGACGCCGACGAGGGACAGCAGCGGCUGCCUCGAGCCGAGCAGGUACUGACCCAGGUCGUGCCCGCAAGCUUGCUGGCCGACUGGAAGCAAAUCUUCAAGGUUCUUCUUCCCCGCACCAUCACCGCUUUGGGCACCGCAACCUGCGGCCCUGUUGUACCUGAUGACGCAAUGGUCAGUGUAGCGGCCUGCAUCUCUGAAUUUUCAUUGGUCGGCAAAUCAAAGCCCACCAACCACGCGUGGACUAGUGACGCAUGCUGCGCUACAGAGCAUUAA